AUGGUGGGAAGGGUUCUAACCGGUGGUAUUUGGCAUUUUCGGACCAGGCAGCGUGGACGUCUCGAUGAUGGAGGUGGGACACGUUUGCCUCCACAGAAGAUGCCCUACAGGCAGACGUCACGCUACACGAGCAAGUUGUUUAACCUCAAGUCAGGGAAUAGAUAUUUGAGUAUUAGGGCUAGUGUCAGUGGUGUUGGCUCUGUCACCCACGUUCUCUUGAAUCUCUCUGGGAGACGGCCUGCUUUCAAGCCAUACUGGUCAGUGGAAAGCACUGUAAUUAUAAAUCCAAGUGAAAUUCAAAGAUUUUCAGAUUUUCCAUUGUCAAGGAAAACCCUGAAAGGGUUGCAGGAAGCUCAGUACCGUGUGGUAACAGAGAUACAGAGGCAAACCAUAGGUUUGGCUUUACAAGGUAAAGAUGUACUUGGAGCUGCAAAGACUGGAUCAGGCAAAACUUUGGCUUUUAUUGUCCCAGCUUUGGAGCUCCUGUAUCGCCAUCAGUGGACUUCUGCUGAUGGAUUGGGAGUUCUGAUCAUCUCACCGACCCGGGAGCUGGCCUAUCAGACCUUCAAGGUUCUGCGUAAGGUGGGAAGGAACCAUGAGUUCUCAGCUGGCCUUAUCAUUGGAGGCAAGGAUCUGAAAGAAGAGUCUGAAAGGAUCCACCACAUAAAUAUGCUCAUUUGCACUCCAGGACGGCUUCUACAGCACAUGGAUGAAACGUCGUAUUUCUAUGCAUCUGAUUUGCAAAUGUUGAUUCUUGAUGAAGCUGAUCGGAUUCUAGACAUGGGGUUUGCUGACACAAUGAAUGCAAUCAUAGAAAAUCUUCCUAAGAAACGCCAGACCUUGCUUUUUUCUGCAACACAAACAAAAUCUGUCAAGGAUCUCGCACGACUGAGUCUGAAAGAUCCAGAAUAUGUUUGGGUUCAUGAGAAAGCCAAAUUCAGUACCCCAGCAACUUUGGAUCAGAAUUAUGUUGUUUGUGAGCUUCAGCAAAAAGUAAACAUGUUAUACUCUUUCCUGAGAAGUCACUUGAAAAAGAAGACCAUUGUAUUUUUUGCAAGCUGUAAAGAGGUCCAGUAUCUAUUCAGAGUGUUCUGUAAGCUUCAACCGGGUCUUCCUGUGCUGGCACUCCAUGGCAAGCAGCAGCAGAUGAAGAGAAUGGAAGUCUACACUUGCUUUGUUCGCAAAAAGGCGGCGGUGCUCUUCGCUACAGAUAUUGCAGCUCGUGGCCUGGAUUUUCCAGCAGUGAACUGGGUGAUUCAGUUUGAUUGUCCAGAAGAUGCAAACACAUACAUCCACAGAGUGGGAAGAACAGCCAGAUACAAAGAAGGUGGUGAAGCUUUGUUAGUGUUGCUUCCAUCAGAAGAAAAAGGCAUGGUGGAACAGCUGGCACAGAGAAAAGUACCUGUCAGUGAAAUUAAAAUUAAUCCUGAAAAACUUACAGACAUCCAAAAGAGGAUGCAAGCUUUCUUAGCACAGGAUCAGGAGUUAAAAGAGAAAGCUCAAAGGUGUUUUGUAUCCUACUUGCGGUCAGUUUACUUAAUGAAGAAUAAGGACGUCUUUGACGUUUUCAAGUUGCCUCUGUCAGAAUAUGCCCUGUCACUUGGUCUUGCAAUGGCACCUCGUGUGAGAUUUCUUCAAAAAGCUCGGAAACAACUGUGCGCGAAUGGGGCAGCUGAUGGGACAGAUCACUUGGAGGAGACAGAGGAAAAUAAAAGUACCCUCUCCUCAAUAAAAGAGGAAGGAGUAGAGAUAUGUGGAACUGAUUUCAGUGGAAAGGUGUUUGUUAACAAAACAAAGGAAAAGGAGGUAAAGAGAGAAACUGAGAAGUGUUCUGCUUCCAGUGAAGGUGCUGAAGAGAGUGGUGAGGCUGAGGAUGAAUUCAAAAAGGUAGCAGAGGAAGAGGAGGAGAAAAAAGUUCCUGCAACAAGCAGGGUACCAAACCCAGACACUGUGCAGUUCUUUGAAGAUGACGAUGAUGAAGAUGAUGAUACUAAAGAUCUUGAUUUGCUGACAGUGAAACGACGGAAUGUGUUUGGUGUGGAUGCUAAGGAUGAUGCAGCACAG